AUGGAUGACGGAAUUGUGGCACAGCUAAGCCAAAUGCUAGACCAGAAACUGCCAAACUUCGGACACCAGCAAAGAGGGAGCUACAACCAAUACAGCCGAUGGAAUAACCAACAUGGAAGAAGCCCACAGGAAAACAGAAGAGGUUACCAGCAGGACUUUUCGGAAAGAGACAGAUACCCUAAUCGAAGAGGCCGAGGAAAUCGAGGAAAUCGAGGAAAUCGCGGAUAUGGCGGAUAUGGUUACCCAAGAAACCCUUGGAGAUCAGACAGCCCGAGAAGAGCGUACGAAUCGCAAAGGACAUCUCGUCAACAAACACCGGAACGAGGAGGACCGAGAGUCCAUUUCAACAACCCGACCGUCGCUAACAUACUGCCGACAAUUCUCAUCCUGGCAGCUAUCAUUACAUCAGCCUCGGCACAGGAAGCCCAGAUUUGCGGAUUCUCAGAAGGCGGCACUCGAUUCGCACCACCAGCAGUACCGGAAUGUGGAACAUCCGAAACCUACCCGGUUAUGGAAAUGACAGCAAGUGUGUAUCAACGCCGAACAACGCCAAUCGCAGUCAGCGGAGGAAAAUGCACAAAGAAUUUGAUAAAGAUCGACAUAUUCUCCAUAUUCGGGAUCUACACGAAAUCAACAAUUGUCGAGAGGAAAAUGGAAUCAACAAGCAUCAAAGAAUGCAAGGAAGUAGUCAGCCGAAAGGAAAUAUCGGGAAGGAAGAUGAUACAAUUGGCUCCGAACGUAUACCAGACCCCGAGGAUGGAAGACACCAUUGCGGAACACACCCCCACGAUUGGAACAACGACGAUAACACAUUGGGACUUCACGCUUGAACUAGGAACAGUAGCGACAUAUGAUGGAAAGCACGCGAUAUCAAACUUGGGUGAGCUCGACAACUGCCCAUUCCCAGCAGGCGGAUGCAAGAAACAGGACAAGACAAUCAUUUGGACGGAGAUAAUCACAGAACCCAUUUGUGGAUUUCGCCGCAUGGAGAUCGGAAAGGUCUUAGUAAGUCCAACACACAUAGCCAUACCAGAAGCAGGAAUCUUCACGGCAAUUGACGAGGACCUCGAAACCGCACUGGAUCUUACCAAAUACUGCGACAUGCGUAACCCGUACCCCACGGACAGCGGAUUGAUCAUAGAUUUCCCAAAACUACCCCGGAAGACAUAUAUACCGGAUUACAUCAUCACCAACGGAAACCAAGAAGAUCGAACGGGACUACCAAGAUCAGGACGCUAUCGCCGGGAAACUUAUCAGCUAACCAUCGCAGGAAGAGAAAUCAAAGCGGAUUUGGGAGAACCAUUCAAGACACCAAUAAGUUGGAUCCUGUGGAACGUCACGGACUACAGGAAAGCACCGAAGAUCGAGACCCAUCCGAUUAAAGAUCGACGAUUGCUAACAGUACUGAAAAGGUGGAACGUGACUAACGAAUUAUUAGCGAUUCGCCACAUGGACCAUUCCUGGGAAGAAGAGGCAGGAUUAUUGGUUACAUUAAAAGCUAUCCGCUACCAACAAUAUGCACAAAGGGAGCUGAACAAAAUAGACCAAUUACGAAGACAACUCACGAGGGGAGAGCAAGAAUUACGUACAGCAAUAGUCGCCGGAAACCCAAUAAUCUUCGAACCACUCCUCACGACAGAAUUCGGACAAUUACCAUCACCCCCACAAGGAAAGGUAACAAUAAAACCACCCCCAUUCUUCAGCCCGGAAGAUAUGAAGAACAUCACAACAAAAAGCUGGAAAGAGGAAACACUUGAGAACAUGGGAAAGUCUACAACAACCAACCGACCGACCGACAUCUACAACGACGAAACCCAUCACCACAACUACCACAAUCCGCCCAACAACAGUUACGGAAAGGAAGAACGGACCACCACAACAAGGAGAAAACACUGGAAGCGUCGUACGAAGUGGAGAUACCACAAACCAACAGACACAUCGUUUACGAACCAGAGGAAUCGAAAAAUCACAGAGAAUCAGAAACCAGCAGAAGAACCAAAGGUAUAUUCGUGA